CCAGCGUCUCCACCUUCAUCGCGUUUAAAAGGUUACCAAAUGAGUGCUACACGACAUAAAUAGUGAUUUGAUUGUGAUCACCGGCACAGUCACAGAGAAAGCGUGUGAAAAUUCUCACAAUGGCCAGUCAUUGUUGGGGUUAUGGAGAAGACGACGGUCCCUCCUCUUGGCACAAAGGCUACCCCAUUGCCCAGGGAAAUCACCAGUCUCCAGUAAAUAUUAUUACUGCUGAGACCAUGUAUGACUCUAGCCUGUCCCCUCUCAUUGUCUCCUAUGAGAACUACAGCUCCAUCAGCAUUUCAAACAACGGGUGCUCUGUGGCUGUGGAGUAUGCUGAUGCUGAACAGGGGCCAGUAAUUGAAGGAGGCCCUCUGGGCGAUGCCUACAGGCUGAAGCAGUUCCACUUUCACUGGGGUCACAAGGAUUGCCAAGGCUCUGAGCACACUGUUGAUGGAAGGACUUAUGCGUCUGAACUUCAUCUGGUCCACUGGAAUGCAUCCAAGUACCAGACAUUCAGAGAAGCAGUAGCAGCUCCUGAUGGCCUUGCGGUUCUUGGGGUCUUCCUAGAGACUGGGAAGGAACACCAAGGUUUAACCAAGAUAACCGAUGCUUUAUCCAUGGUAAAGUUUAAAGGUAGUACUGCAGAUUUAAAGGACUUCAAUCCAAAGUGUCUUCUUCCAAGAAAUCUCAAUUACUGGACCUACCCUGGCUCCCUGACCACACCUCCACUCCACGAGAGCGUCACCUGGAUUGUUUUUGAAGAGCCUAUUGAGGUGUCAAAGAGACAGAUGGAACAGUUCCGAAUGUUGCUGUUCAGUGAAGAGAAGGAAGAUGAGAAAUUCAUGGAAAAUAACUUCAGACCACCUCAGCCCCUCAAUGGCAGGAAAGUCUGUGCUUCCUACAACUAAAGGCCAAAGAUCAUUGUUCAAAGUCUAAUCUCGCAUUCUGUUCACCUUUGGAGGCAUGUCCUAUUUGCUUUAAUGACUGCCAUAGGACUCCUGCAUUCAUCAGCAACCCUUUUCAGGUGACGGUUUGUUUUUCACUGUAAGGGUGGGCUGCUUUUGCUAGUGUAGGUCCUAAUGAUUAACAAGUGUAGCUGCAAUAUUUUCCAUUGACACACUAAUCCCUAAUGCAGGUAUGUGUUUGCUUUGCGUUACUGUACUGGUUAUGGACUUCUCAAAUAAGCAUGCAGGGAGUGGUUUGUUACUCAUUGGGAUUUUGUUGAGACUUUUGGAUUUUUAUGGAUUAAUUUGUGCAAAUGUAUUAAAUUAUUAUAUUCUAUGCAUGCAUUUUACAUUUAUUAAAGAGAUUUGUGCCUCACUUCA